CUGUCUGUGGGCCGGAGGAGGGAUGGAACAAGUGGAAGGAGAUGUUGCCGACAGGCACACAUUAAUUACUCCGCACGCAUUCGAGACGGUCGGCUCCCCCCGCUGCAGCCCCGGCUCUCCGUAGCAUCCUCCCCUCACUCACUCACGCACCGUGUCACAGGACCGAUUCCUGCUCCAUGGCCGCGACCCUGACGAUGAGCGGCGGCGUGCAGGAGGAUUCCUUCUACCCGCUGCACAAGACCCUCACCGCCGGGUUCUCCCUGGAGGACUCGGGGCUGUUCGGCUUGGACUGCAAGAUCGAAACCGACAAGGCUGGACACAGCGACUACACGCAGACAAAGUGUGAGAUGGACAGGUAUCUCUCCCCUCAGCCUCCUCCCUUCCACCUUCACGCAGACAUCCAGCAGAAGUCACACAGAGACGGCACGUCUACAGUGGAUCAGUUCUUUGCCGAUGAUCACUCUGGGGCUCCCUACACCCUCAACAUGAAUCUGUACGUCCCUGAUGUGGCCUACCUGAGAAUGGGCUUGAUUCAGCAGGUGCGGGCCCCUCAGCACCAGAGCCAUGCAGGUCUAACGCAAAUUAAAACUGAAACUGCCUCAUCCUGUUACUCUCCCAACCUCCAGCCUCACUGCCCAAACACUACGCCCACAAGUAGUUGCAGCACACCCGGACAGGGCCCUGGUAACAUUGCCAUGGAAACCUCAGCCAUGAACAUGACGUUAACAGGGUUGCCAGACUUCACCAGUGUUUUCAAUCAGUCAGGAGGCAGACAGGGUGGUGAUUCGAUGCCAGAAGUGUUUGUCAAACAGGAAAUGCCAUCACAGUUUGAACAGCACGGCCUCCACCAUGAUAACAGCGGUUCACUGUUCCAGCUCUUAAACUCCGGGUUGGAUCAUCACCACAGCAAUGGUAUGGAGGCUCAGCAUCAGCAGCAGAUGCAACAUAAUUCCACCAACGCGAUCCACGCGCCUUUCCAUGACGUGCCAGUAGCUUCUUCUGCUUCCCAACAAGAGCAAAAUGCCAAGCCUUCCUACCGUGGCCUGGGCAACGGGGUGUACACACAUCCACACUCUCAGACACACCCACAUUUCCUGCAGCAGCAGGUUCCCUACCUGCCACCCUCCCCACCGAGCUCGGAGCCAGGUAGCCCCGACAGGCAGAAGGAGCUCCUCCACACCAUGUCCCCUCCUCCUUCAUAUGCAGCCACUAUUGCCUCCAAGCUGGCGGGCAGCAGUCCCGGACUCGGACCGGGCCCGGGACCCGGCGGUCUAGCCAUGUCCCUCACCACUGGUCCAAAACCAGUCCAAGGUCCGGCACCGGUCCUCCCCCAAAUCCCCACAGCGACUCCAAGCCCAGCUCACAACCCCGUGCCUGCCCGCUACAACCGGAGGAACAAUCCAGACUUGGAGAAACGACGGAUCCAUCACUGUGAUUACCCAGGCUGCAAGAAGGUCUAUACCAAGUCGUCCCAUCUGAAAGCCCACCUCAGGACUCACACGGGUGAGAAGCCAUACAGGUGUACAUGGGACAGCUGCGACUGGCGUUUCGCACGUUCAGAUGAGCUGACACGUCACUAUCGGAAACACACGGGCGCCAAACCUUUCCAGUGCGCCGUCUGCUCCCGCUCCUUCUCCCGAUCUGACCACCUCGCACUGCACAUGAAGAGACACCAGAACUAGUGACAUUUGCACACCCACUUAAGUUAUACUGUAUAAGCACUAUCUUGACAAACAUAAAGCACUCACUCAGUCUCCCACGGCCACAAUAAAGCUGCGUGAUGCGGAGCAGCUUUCACUGACACCGCAGCCCCCUCCGGGGGCUGCUAUCGUGUGCCACAGCAGCGCGAUAGCCUGACAGACGUGUCGCUCUCGACCCAGGGUGGGUCAAUAGGAGGUUCUAAAGUAGGAGGAUAGUGGUCAGAUCCUGGUCCCAUAACCUCCACAUGUACUUGUUUUAAAUUUUCUGGACAAAUACAAAGAAGACACAUGAUGGCAAAAAGAUAAAAGGUAGCUUCUAAAUGUAUUUUCAGUCCUUUUGGACUCUUUUCUGUGACUGGAAUGAAAGCAUUGAAACAAAAUUGUCUGUCUUUAUCGUAAUGUGGAACUUUUUCCAGAACUAGUCAAACAAAUUAUUUUACUCAUAAUGUUGUCUGUUUAUAUUACUGGAAAAAUCUUUUUUUUUUUUUUUUUUUUUUUACCAAAUCCUUUUGUUUGCACUAGAAUUCAUUGAUCUCUCAGCCUUUUUGGCCCAUGCAUCCCAUUCACCACUGGAACGGUCAUUAUCACUACUGGACUGAAUCUCUGCGAGUGCUACACAAGUCAUUGCUGUUCAGAUAUUAAAAAUUGAAGGCAUUUAUACUCUGGAGACGAGGAAGAUGGAGAAGGAAGAAAAAAAAAUAGAGGAGGGGGGAGAGAGGGAGAUGAAAAGAUUUUUGAUUUUUACAGAAGAGAUCUGCGGACGCAACAGAAGGACUUGGAUGGAUGCUAGAGAGCAGCAAUUAGGCGAUUAAUUAUUUAGGUCAUCUCUUUGAUGGGUUUCUAACCAGAGAAGUGUAAGCAGAACCCAUCAAGGUUCAGUUAAAACAGAAGGGACUAUUAUUGCUGCACAAGCUUGAAUUAAGCAUAAAGAGAAAAAAAAAACAUUUCUGUAUAGGGGUACGUCUCAUCCAACAGUUUACUUCCUUUUACAUUUUUUAACCAAAGCAUCAUCUGAAUCAUCAACUACUUAUUAAGUGCCUCCUUCUGUGAUUCAUCUGUUUCUGUUCUGGGGGAACGGAGCUGUGGUUAGUGUAGGCAGUUCUUUUAAAACACAUGUGGUGCUGUUUUUAUUUGUGAAUCUCUGGACUUUGGUUAAGAAUAAAAGAAAAGUACUUGGAUUAAAAAAGGUUGGCCACCGUCAUUGUAAUGUAACAGCUCAUCUCUGGCCUCUUCAUAGACAUCCUGACAUUGUGUGGAACUUUUGUACUAAAGUGACAGUCUUUUUCCGAGGGUUUCUCACUCUCUGACUCUGUACACAGCUAACAAGCAACUUGGGUCGAUCAAUCAAUCGAAUGUGGACACUCUGUUAAAGGACAGGGCCGCUUCAUUUCUAACUGGGUGACGUCCAUGCGAUUUUCUUUUUAACUCAUAGUAACUUUGGUUGAGUUGACGAGGUUGUUUUACGCAUUAUAGGAAUUUUGUUCCUCAUCUCAUUCAAUGAAAUCCCUCCAGGGAAAGAUUACAAAGUUACAACUACUUUAAUUUCUCAACCUCAGAUGCAAAUAGGAACAUUAAAUAAAACCCAUUUUGAGAGCUUUAACUAAAAAAAAUGAUGUCCUUUUAUCAAAUAACUGUGACAUUCUAAAAGGUGCUCGCAUCUCAAUAGGCUUGGGGGGUUUACAUGCAGUCUUAAUGGUUUAUUACUGUGUUUAUUGAUCGCAAGAGUUCCAAGGGUAAAAAUGAUGAACCUGUCCUUUAAUAUGUCUGAGUGUCCAUUUGACUGUGUGAUUUAGCCUGAAAUUAUAACUGUAUUUGUUCAUUCACUGCAGGUAGCGUAAAGAUAAUAUAGCACUGUAAUGUAACUCUAAAUCUAUUUAUUUGAUUGUGUAGAAGUGGGGUUGUAUCAGAUCAAAUGUCUUUCCCCAACAAAAAUGCCUUAAUGUAAAUAUAUGCACUGUAAAUACAGUUUUGUUUGUUUUCUUUCCCUUUUUUUAAUUUUUGUAAACAAUGGGGCAAAACAGGACAAUGCCCUGCAUCCAAAUAUAUUUGAGCCUUUUUUUCUCUUUUUUUUUAAUUUUAUUUUUUUUAGUUUUAUUUUCUCGUCAAAACCAUUUUGGUGCCAUUGUUUUAUAUAUUGUCUUUACCAACAGAUUAUUUUGUAGAUUUUUUUUUUUUCCUUUCCAUGUUAAAACGUUCCAAAGACAAAAGUUGUUUUUCUUCAACUGAGUGAAGCCGAUGCUAAUAAAGUCAAACUGACACUUUACAAAUUUG